CGUUUCUCAUCGCUUUAUCUUCCCAGCAUGAAGGCCAUCAGUCCCGUCCGCUCGGUGAGGAGCUGUUACAAGGCCGUGUGCUGCAUCUCGGAGCAGAGCCUCACCAUCGGUCGGAAUAAACACCCGUGCGUGGACGAGUCUGUAAGCGCGCUGUGCGACAUGAACGACUGCUACUCCAAGCUGAAGGAGCUGGUGUGCAUCCCGCAGAACAAGUCAGUGAGCCAAGUGGAGAUCCUGCAACACGUCAUCGACUACAUCUUUGACCUACAGAUCGCGUUGGAGGCGGAAGACGCGUCUGCGCCGGAGAUGGUUUUAUCCAUAAAGGCUGCGGACAUUACUCACAAUUUCUCCAAAGAAGAAGAACGAUUGUGCCAUUAGGAUGCGGAUGGAACGUUAUUGGUGCAGAGAAACACAUGUCUCCACUUCACUCCGGGCAACAGGACAAGAGGGGUAAAAAAAAAAAGAAAGAAAAUGGAAAGGGGGGUGGGAUAGGUAUUUGGAAAAGAAAGAAAAGACAGAAGAGGAGGCGUAGGGUUUAAAGAAAGAGGAAAAAAGACAACAUUGAACUGUUUCUGGGAUGAGUGGGGAUCAACAGCAGUAGUGCCUGAACAAGAAAACAGAGACUCAUUCUUUGGCUACUGGACAGACAAAAUCAACACACCAAAGCAGAGGAAUUGGAAACUGAAAGCAACCGAUGUGAACGUCUUCCUUUCAAAAAUGCAGUUCCUUUUGGGAGAAGUGAACUAUUUAACCCUUUAUUUUCUUUUUUGUUCAAACUUUAAUGCAUUCCAGCCGCCAAUUCCCAUCAGAAAUGAUCUGCACCAAGUCUUCACCUCAAUUAAGAAACCCCCACACCCCUCCAAACAGAUUGUCUGUUAAAGCAUGUGUACAUAUCUGCUGUGGGUUUGUAAGAUGUGUGUCAUUUUGGAUGUUUUUUAAUGGGACUUUAAGCUGAUAUAUUCUAAACUCUAUAAUAGAGUUUAUUGUAAUUGUUUGUAGGGAUUGUCUUAUUUCUGCAGACAACAUGCUGUGAGUUUCAUAAACUCUUUAUUUUAAAGUUUAAUUUGUAUCUAUGUUAUGAAAUAAAAGCUGAUGUGAAGCAGA